UUGAAGUCGUUGUGUAUUUUACUAAACCAUAAAACCCGGAAGUCAAUUUUGUAAACAAUAAUAUCAUUUCUUUUCAUAGCAAAGUCCACGUUGUAAAAACCAACACGUUUGUGCUCGUUCUCAAGGCUUGACGCCAUAUAUAAAGAGUAUCGUGCUCAAAAUUGAAGAACAGCAAUCAUGGCAGAAAAUGUGUUUUUGUUCAUUCCAAAUAUUGUUGACUACUUUCGAGUGUUGUUUGCUUUUGCAUCCUUCUAUUACAUGCCAACUGACCCAUGGCUGGCGUCAAUACUGUAUAUCGUUAGUGGGCUCUUAGAUGCUGUUGAUGGACAUCUAGCAAGAAUGCUUAAUCAAGGAAGUAAAUUAGGUGCUAUGUUAGAUCAGCUGAUUGAUCGGGCCACUACAAUGUGUUUGUGUGCAGCACUGUGCCAUUUCUACCCAAAAUAUAUGCUGUUCUUCCAAGCUUCAAUGGCCAUUGAUAUUGUUAGCCAUUGGUUCCACAUACAGAGCACACUGAUGACAGGUGGUGGCAGCCAUAAAGUUCUGGAUUUGUCAGCUAAUCCAGUUCUCCGACAUUACUAUCACAACAAGAUCAUCUUGUUUGUGAUGUGUUCAGCCAAUGAAUUAUUCUUCUGUAUGCUGUAUCUUUGUUACUUCACACAGGGACCAACCAUUUUGUUUGGGCUCGGCCUGUGGAAGCUGAUACUGUAUGUGUGUGCACCAUUGUCCUUCAUCAAGACGGGAAUAAGUUUGAUACAGCUUGGGGCUGCAAUGUCAAAUAUAGCAAAUAUAGACAUCGCUGAUAGGGAAAAAGCUAAAACCAAAUGAAAGUAAUGGAAACUUUUGCGAGGAAGACUUUUCAUUGCACUUGGAGGUGCUGUUUAUAGAUUUGUUGUUACUUGAUGUUGUAAAGGGUGUUUAGGAAGAUGGAUUUUGUGUGGUUUUACAGACAGUCUUGAAGAAGAAAAAUGUUUUUGUUUUGAAGCUGUUAAUGUCUGUUGUACAGAAACUAUGUUGGUUGUAAUUUUUAGCUGUGAAUGUAAACAUUUUUUGUCAUAUUGACUUUAAUUUUCAGUGUUUUUGGCUUACUUGUGUAAUUUUUCAGUAACAGAAAUCCUUCAUUAGCUACAUUGGUCAUGGUGAUAUAAUUUAAAGUUAUAGAAAAACCUUUCAUGGGUAAUUUUUUCUCAUUGAUAAAUACUAAGGUUGUGUGAAAGUUACAUUUUGUUGUCACUUUGUUGUUAAUAUUUUUUAACAGAUGCACCUUUCCAAUGAUUGAAGUAUUUUUAUGAGAUUAACUUAUUUUCCCAUUCUGCUAAUUUUUAAAGUAUUUUUUUUUUUUUGUAAAAUGUUUUGUAUAAAAAAACAUAUGUUUAUUAAAGAGUUUCUAAUAUAUUUUUUUUAUCAGCUGAAGUAUUUUUUCUUAAUAUUUUUGAUCACAUUAUAAGUCACACCAAUACAUUGGUCAAGAUUUUUUGCUUAAAAAAGAUUAUUAUAAGACUGAAUCAUAUUACUGAAACUACAGGUAUAUCGUUAAUAGCUCUAUUUUUGUUUUUAUUGAAAUCCCUUACACAUUGAAAACUUUUUAACAAAAAUUUAGUAGUUGAGGGUUAAAAGAUUGGGAACUUUUAAGUGUUUUGAUAUUGUUAUGAAGCAUUUGGUCGUAAGUUUUGAUGUUUGAAUAUAAAGAUUGCUUGAAAGGACUGUUUGAAUUGCAACUGUAUUUUACUUCCAAAUUUUUAUUAUUUAUUGAAGUAUUAUUUUUUUUUUCAAUAUCAUUAUUUUUCACAUUCUAUUUAUACUCUAACUCGGUAUUAUCGGCGCAACUCUAUUAUCGACGUACUCUCAGUAUUUUGUCAUGUGCGGUCAUGUAUACAUUGAAAUUAAAAAUCUUUGACCUCAUUCAAUAAAAAAUGUAAUGAUUAGUUGAAUUUGUACUGCUUUACACAACAUAUCGAUUAUUAAAUUCAUCAAUGAAAUUCAAUGCAGACAUAUAGGAAAAGUUAAGUACGCCGAUAAUACGGAGUCCCAUGCUACAUGUAUUUCCCAUCUUAUCAGUUUAUUUAUAUCUUUACCUUGAAUGAGCAGAUAUUACAGUAUGAAUUUGUCUUCACGAAAUGAAACUGAAAAUGAUAAGCCGUUGUCACGUUUAUAGAGCUAGACCAGCAUGCACUUCCGUACAGUCUGGCCAAUCUCUUUAUGGUUGGUAACAUCGUUUUCGUAUUUUGAUGUUAAAACUCCAGAAACCUUGAAUUGGAAGUUGCAAAAUUCCAAGCUAAGCAAAUCCAUUUAAAAAAUAAGUGGAUUAAGAGAUUUUUUAUUUUCCUAAACUUGUAUUGUCUGUUUGCAAGAAAAUGGGUCUUUUUCCUGAAGAACGUUAUUGAUCACAAGAUGUUUAUAUGAUAUUUCUAUAUAUGUAAAACUUGUAGCAAUAUUGAAGAUGAAUUACAUUUUUUUUAUUAAGAAUAGUGCUUCAGUCAUAAAUUAUGCUUGUUUUGAUCAAACUUACAUUUUUAUGUGCCAUUUGUUUUUUUAUAAACAUUCAUCUGAAUCUAUGUAUGUACAUAUCUUAUCUUUACUGAUUUUACAUUUUAAUUUACUUUACUCACUACCUUUCUACAAAGUAUCAAGUUUUUCAAGUGUCCAACUUCCAGGAUUCACCCUGGUUGAAAUUCAUACAUAUAUGAUUUCAUACAAAGUUUCAUCAAAAAAGUAUAACAUGGUAAAGAUAUCUAGAUAUCAUGUUGCCAAAUCAUAUUUUUUAUUGCCAAAUUACUAACAUUUUAGCUAAAGGUGUAGUGAGCUCUGAUUGUCUAACAAAUACAAUUGCCAAUUCAAUGUAAUUUGUAUUUGAAUUAUGCUGAAAUUUGUUUGUAGAAGAAAAUUCUCAUUUCUAAUCUGUAUUAUUAAGAUACUCAUGUACAUUUUGAGAGUUUUUAACAUGUUAAUUUAUUUUUAGUCAUUAAAAUAUAUGUACGAAG